AUUUAUGAGAAAGAAACGGUUCAACGCGUACGCACGUAUUACCAGAAAAUACCAUGCCAAGGCAAAGGACAGCGAUAUAUCGGGAGUGAUUUUUACAUUAAUAAUGCAAUGACAUUGAUUGGCUGAUGGACUGAGGGAAAAUGGAUGCGAUGAACAAAGAGUUGUUGAAGAACGGUGUCAGCCAGAAUGCCAGCCCGGAGGAGAAGUUACGAGUCCUCUGGAAGCUGUACACCCAGGCUGAAGCCGAUAUCAAAGCUGGUUCACAGAGCAUGCAGCUACUUCAAAAGAAACAAGCAGAGGAAAUGAAAGAGGUGGAAUUGUAUGUUGAAAAUAUACGAAAGCUGUCAGAGGAAAGGGAGGCUCUUACUCAAGAAUUUGAAGCAGAAAAUGAGGAACUGAAGGAGGAAAAUCAGAGACUUAAGAAGAGCAAGGAAAAAACUAAUCAAGAAAUCAAACAGCUUUUAAAACAGGAGGGCUUCGAAGAUUUAGCCCAGCGUUCUCCCAGUGAGGCUCUUGCUUACUUUCUCGUCGAGAGGACACGUCUGUCUGAUAACAUAGCCACAGAGAGAAGGAAAUCCCUCACUAAUGAAUCGGCCAAGAAUCACCUUGAUCAGGUUCAGAGAGAUAAGAUUGGUAAGCUGGAGAAGGAGAAGGUCCACCUGGAGCAGGAGAACCGGCAGCAGAUCCAGCGAGUCAAGGAGCUGGAGCUUGAACUCAAGAUGAUCAAGAACAGGCUGGAGAAAGAGAAGGAGACGCAUCAUAAGGAGGUGGAAAAAGUCCAGAAAAAGGCUGAUGAAAGAUUACAGAGCAGCUCUGGAGAGGAAUCCCAGUUGAGGGAGGCUAAGCGUAAAUUAGAACAAGGGCUCACCACCAUGAAAUACAGGUUGAAAACUAGUGAAGAGGAGAAGGAAAAGAUAACAAAAGAGGUGAAGGAGCUGACAGAAAGCUUGGAUGUCGAGAGGAAACGACGGUCGUCUUACGAAGGAACGAUCAUCAAGCUGAAACACCUGCUCGAUACCAAUCGUAAAACCAUCUCAACAAUCGAGGAGGAGAAGGAGACAUUGAAUGUUGAGAAGAAAUCGCUGGAACAGAAGUUUGAACUACUGAAGAAGGAUGUGCAGGAAUUCAAAGCCCAAGAAAAGCAAACUGUGACAAAACCAGAGCCUUCAACUGCAGGAGAUCUGAAUUCCAUCAAACUCCAGGAAGAGAUAAAGCGGCUCCAGAAGCAGAACGAGACGUGCGUGACCCGUCUUGAGGACACCAUGAUAUCCCUGGAGAGCGAGAAGAUGAAGUGCAGGGAGCUGGAGCGGAAGCUCUCCACCACGGAGGAGAAGUGGGAGCUGGUCGUCAAGCGUUACCGUGACAAUGAGAAACAACUGAACAGCAAGAAUACUUUCAAUAUUGGAUUUAAAGGGAAAGAUAAGGUUUAUAAGUUGGACCUCCUUAGCCACGAACUGGACGGCUCUAAGACAAUGCUCUCUAACAGUCAGCUGGAUAUUCUCAAGUUACAAGCAGAAAACAAAAGGAUUUUGAAUACUUCCAGCUCCGAGAGGGAGAAGUUUGAGGAGCAGCUCAAGGUGGAGCAGAGCUUCCUCGGCAAGGAGGUGGAGCGUCACAGGGAGACCAUCGGAGACCUGGAGCGCUUGGUGGAGGGACUGAAGAAGGAUCGGGACGUACUGGCCCAUGAGCUGCAGGCGAUGAUCAGCAAGGAGCAGAAGCACAAGGAAUGGCUGGGGUCUGUGGACCUUCUGGAGAAACAGAAUAGAGAACUCUCUGAUAAGAAACAAGUAACGUUCCUGUCACCAAGAUUUAAGUCAUCAUCAUCACCAUCUCUGCCAUCACUGGAAUCGAGUCUAAGCAAGGAGACAUUCCUGCAACAGGAAUUGGAAAUCGAGAAAAGGAAAAACCAAGAUCUAGCGUCAAGACUGAAGAUGUCGGAGCACUCGGGAGAUGUUCUUCAAGAAGAGCUUGGGAGAAGAUCGGCUGAGCUCUUCAAACAAUAUGAUACUAGUAGAGACGGCCAGAAUAAACUGGAAAUAGAGCUUCUUGCCACGAGGAGAGAACUGGAGAUGGAAAAGGCUUUAGCCGCCAAAGACAAGGCCAAUCUAAACCAGACACUAGAAAGAGAGGAACUGAGACUCAAAGAUCUUGAGACUUCUCUUAGUAAUAAAAACCAGGAAAUCACUCAGUUGAAGAGAGAGGUUGGACGGCUCUCGCUUGACGGAAGUAGAGCGGGUGAAAAGGUCAGUGAGGAAGCAAGACGAAGGUCAGAUAUUGAAUCGAGGAACAAAGUACUAGAAGAAGAAAUGACCAAGCUGUGGGGUCAAAUGAAGGGGAUGGUGGAUCGGCUGGCCGAGGCAGAAAAAUCCAAACAUGAAUUGGAGGCUGAAUUAACCAGGCUAACCAAUCAGUAUCGCCAUCAAGAAGCUGCCAAGGAUAUGCACCAUGCUGAGACCGUUGCCGUGACAACGACCCUGAGUAAAGUCCAGCAGCGAGCUCAGGCCGCAGAGAAGAAGAUCCCCGAGCUCCAAACAGAACUAGACCAGACGUCACUUCGGCUUCAAGCCACCGAGGUGCAGCUGAAAGAUUACGGCGCCCUCAGGGUUGAACUCCAGGACAGGCGAGAUGAGAUCGUAAGACUGAAAUCACAGCUACAAGAUGAUAAGCUACAGAGAUCUGUGAUGGCCCAGCAGAUAGACGACUUGCGACAGCAGGGCAAAGCAUCAAGGGAAAUCGAAGACCGGUUGAGGAAAGAGAACCAGGAACUGAAAGACGAGCUCUUAGCAAUUCAGACCAAACUCCACUAUGCAGAGGAUACAAGUCGCAGUGUCAGUGAUAAGCAUAACUUGUCUGAGCAGAGCAGAUCGUCGCUGCUUCAACAGGUCGGUAACCUCCAAGCGGAAAGGGAUAAUCUAAGCCAGGAGCUGACUCGUAUCUCAAAUCAGCUGGACGCUCAGAUACGCAAGUACCAGGACUACAAAAACAACACCAAGAUUAAGAUGCAACAAGCAAGGGACUUGUUUGCCAAGCAGAAAGGCAUGCUUGGUGAUAGUCUCAUGAAGCUGCAGGAAGAGUUGAACGCAGCAAGGUCUGAACUGCAGAAGACUAACCAAUCCCAGUCUACCAUAGACAAUAAACAUCAAACCUUGCUUGCAGAACACAGGGAACACCUUACAAAAUUCACCGAGUUAGAGGAGAUGGUGCGUGACCAGAGCCGCGAGAUCGGUACCCAGGAUUACAGGAUCAAGUUCUUAGAGCGAGAGAACGCCAUGCUUCAAGAGCGCAUUGAUACACUGUCUAAACAGAGGAUGGCCCUGGAGAAACUAGUCCGGGAAUACAGGCUUGAGAAACAGAAAGAUGAGAUCAAUCGAUCAAUAGGUGGGCUACCCAGCUAUGGGAGCUUCUCUCAGCCCUCCUCUCACGUCAUGUUAUCACCCAGUAGUGGAAUGGGAAACUCUGUCAGCAACGUGUCAUCUGUGGACCUGGUCAAUGGUCAUCCUGAUGGUCUCUUAGUCAAAACCAAUCUUGCCAAUGGGUCAGGCGUCCACUGACGGAGCUUUCAGGGAAACCCUUCCCCAGUA